UGAGAGAUUAAGGAUUUUCUUUUUCGGGAUAUUAAUGAGUAAUUCCCAGAGAUUAAAAUUGCCUUUGAUGGAGAGCGAGGCCGAGAGAUUGAUCAUUGGUGUAAAUUACGCCGUAGAAAUGGAUAGAUAUCCCGGGUACAAGGGAGGUGGCUUAUGUUACCUGGAGCUGGACGAGCCUUUGGCGUGGUUGCCUGCUGAAGUAGCGCGCCUUAGUGCCCCCCGACAAGGUCUCAGCUAUGACUCCUUUGGAAAUGCAGGUGGAUUCUCUACUCACUACUCUCCAUGGGCUGAACAUAGCCAGGGAUCAUUGGAGAGAAACCUAACACAGAUCACUGAUGGUGAUCAUUGUUAUGGGCACUCCCUCUGCCCUCCAACAGACCUCAAAAAACUCAAGGAAGUGUAUACAACUUUAUUGUCUUCCAUGGAGAAAAAAUUCCUGAAAAAGGAGGCUAGGCAUAUUCAGAUGAUGUUAGAUUCUGGUUUGACCAUGAACCAGCAGCAUCACUCAUCUCUGUGGGAGUGCAGUGGUCAAUUAUUUGGAGGUCCUGUUAGAAGUGUUGAUGUGCAUGGAGUAUGGGAGGAUGCCAGACAGGCUCUAAAAGAAUUUAAAGAUCAUACAGAUGUCAACAGACCUAUGAUUUGCAUGGACCAAGGUGGUGGACUAAGCCUAAAGCAGGAAAUGGCAUUUGACUUUGGAAGGACAGUCAAGGAGCAGUACCAGCCACCACCAACCACAUGGAAUACAUGGAGUGAUCCCUUACAACUCCACACAGUCAUGAAUGGUAAUGGAUGUCUUGGAGAAGACUGUACAAUAGUUUAUUCACAAGACCCAAGGAAAGGAAAGCAAGAGGAUGAUUGUGUCAUGAACAUGGGGGAGAGAGUGGAGCAAAAUGAAAAGCAAGGAACAGGCUUCACUAUGUUUUCUGAUGAAUUCAGCAGUACAUCAUGGACACAUCUGUUAUAUGAGGACAAAAAUCAUGGUGAAUUUAAAACUGAUGCACAGAUGUUGAAGACUAAUAUAUCAGGCACCAAAUUUUGUGGAUUUUGCAGACGUAAUGGAGCAACUUUAAAGAAAUUCUUGAACCAUCCCCUCAGAAAUGAUGUUGGGAAACUUGUGUGCCCAGUGCUAAGAAGUUAUACCUGCCCUAAUUGUGGAGCCACAGGUGAUGCAGCUCACACAGUCUCAUAUUGCCCCAGCAAGAAGCAGCCUCACAAUUCUCAACCCUUGGCUGUCAAACUGAAGAACACAAUGCGAAAUGCCUCAUCCGUUCGACGAUUUAACCACUAACACAGUAGCUGUCUUGUGAUUUUUGUUUGGUUUACUUUUAUAACAAAUUCACUUUCAAAGUUAUUAGUAGUCUUUGAUAGAAGACUAGAAUUAUGGCAGUGGUAAUGUUCAUAGAAUAUGUUUACUAAAGCUUUUGAUGUGUAUUACCCUGAUUUGCUAUGUAAUUAAUUAAUUGUUUCUUUUAUGCUUCUAUUCCAAAGAAAUUUCACAAGUUGAUUUUAAGUUCAAGCAAUUGUUUAAAUCCCAAAGAAAAGUUCUUAGUUUAAAAAAACCCAUCACUGCCAGGUAACAGAAAUCCAAGUGUGAUAAACUCUGGUGAUUUCUAGCAACAGCCAGACACUGGACAAGGUAAAAGAACUAAGUAGCCCACAAAAUGAUUAUCUUUGUUGCAUUUGUAAAGUAAUGUUUAAAGUUAACAAAAUGGCUUUUCAACUAUUAAUAAAUAACUAGCCUUUUAUUUUUUAUUUUGUUUUACCUCAAUUGGUUAAUGUAUAUGAAUACUGCCCCACUCUUUUGCAAGUCAGAAAUUAACAUUUUAUGAGAACAUACUCACUAGGAAAAAAACUUCCAAAAGCACAUUUACUAAUUCCUGAUUAUAAAUAAAGAACUGGUCUAUAAAUGAAAAAACACAAUAAAUUUGAAGACUUUACUGGUUAAAAUAAGUGGUGAAACAUACAGAAAGUUGGUCAUGCUUUUUAUGCACUAAACAAAAUAUAGAGAACUGUUACAAAACUGAAUGCUUCACUACAUCUAAACAAACAUGUAGGCCUUUUAUUACAAGCCUAAUCACAUAAAAAUUAAUACAUUUAAAUCAAAGUUCAUGUUCUUUGAUCUCUCUCUACAUCCAAGUAGGGGGGGGGGGGGGAUCAUAACUUUACACUGCCAAAUAAUUGGGCU